CAGCGGUGUGAGUUUUUUGGAAGUCUAAAAAUGAUUAAAGCCCCAAGCAUUCAUCAUCCAAAAAUACGUCCCAAGUUUUGUGUCCCUGUGCUGAGCGUGUCUGUGUGCUGCGAGCGAGUAAUGAAAAGCUGGCCGGCUAAAGUAUGCCCGGUACAGCUGUACAACGAAUAGGUAUUUGCUUUCGGGAAGUGACGAGCACUACAAACAACAACAGCAACGACUGAAAAGCUCGUCUAAAGCUCGGGCACCGUCCAUUUGCUAAGCAAGUUACUUCUGAAUGGAGAUUCGCUAACGGCACUCGGGUGUCUACACUGGUGUGCCGCACCAGCAAGUGUAACCGCUUGACGAGACGAAGCAAAUUGACACCGGGUCGUGUUUGAUACAAACGGUUUCACUUCACUCGUAGCCACUCGCGAUUGUAAGCUGUUUUUUUUCCUCGGUUCGACCCUCCCGGUUUGAAGCUUACCCAGUUUGUCGUACUGCAGUAUUAACCGGCCCGAACUACGCCCGGGAUUCGGAAUCCCGGGAAUUUUCAUUGAUCCAACGUUUCCAGCUUUGCAGUCGAGCAUUUCGUUUCGGGAUUAAUUGAGUGCUGCCCGCUGCUGAUAUCGACACCCAUAGGUUCCGGUUCCAUAGGAAGGAAGGCGCGAACAGUGUAGUGAACACAAUGAAUAGCAAGCUGCAUCUGCUGGCUGUGGUGCCCUUGCUCAGCCUGCUCAUGGGCUACGUAGCUAGCCUAGAAGAGGAUUGUGUCGACUUCCAGGGAAACUCGGUCGCACACGGUCUACUCUACGUACCUGGACCGGGCGUGUGCAGUUUGUGCGUCUGCUACCACUCUGAGCCGCUAUGGUGCAAAGCAAUAUACUGUGAUCCUCCUUAUUUCUGUAAAAAAUUUCGUGUAGGUGAACGAUGCUGUGAAUUUGAAUGUCUAGAUCCACCCGGUGAGGACGAAAUGUAUCAGGCUCGACUCCGGAAGCGGGCCGAGAUCUUGGCCGGAAAUGGGGGCAACCAGCUAGCAGGGUCGAGCUGGCGCUGGCUACCGGUAAACCGAAUGGCCACCGCUAGCCUGCUGCUGGUAGCGUUAGUGCGGGGCGUUACGCAAAGGUUGCUGCUGGUGCCGUCAUAGCUUUGCUGAGGGUAUGCGACGACGCCGGUAUGCGUUUCGUUACUCCGUUCACCGUCGUAACACCGUGUGUUGCAUUCGACUGCGAGGCAACCUCCUAGCCUCGUACUGCGGGUACGUACUGGGGACGGCCGAUCGCCCCGGGCUAUAGAAUAUUUAGAAAUGGCGAAAGGAAAGCAAAUAAAGUUCUAAACUGACGAUGCUAACGAUGGCUGCGGUCAGCAAGCAUAAUUGCAUAAUGGUAAGGGAACACAACACAUAGCGAGUGCGAAGGUAGAAAAAAAACCUAAAACAAGAUGCAACAAAUCUUUAAACUAAUUUCUUACAAAAAUAAAAUACAGUGAACAAAAAAACGAACGAUGAAACCGUGAUUAUUAGCUGCUGCUAAAGAUACACUAAGAUAGCUAUUACUAUAAUGAAGCAACACAACACGACAAAACAAAACACAUUUGCUGACACCACAAGUCCAGACAAAACAAUUAGAAACAAAAAAAACAAUAUAGUCAAUAGACGAUAGCUUUUAAUGAGUCGAGACAAGAGAAGCAAUUUGGUACGUGGAAAACUAAUACUAGAAGGAAAGCUACGUUACAUGCAGCAUAGUCCACAGGAGGCUAGCAAAUCUCGUUGCAUCACAUCGUUAUUUCUUCUACCGGUUCUAAAAAUCGAUCCUCAAUUUUUAACUACAUUUUCAACUACUAGCAAAUACCUUAACACGCUACUGCGUAGGCGGCAUGUUUGUAGUCGAAGCCACGCUCUCGUGGCGACACUGUUGGCCAUCGUGUCGUACAGUAGUAGCUGUAGCCGGGGACGGGGGCAAUGUUUUCCAUUCCGAGUCGGAUGGAAGAUGUGAAUUCGGCAGAUUUGGCUGGCAGCUUAGCAAGAUGUGUGCGUACCAUUUGGCGUACCGCCCGCGUUCCCUUUAAAUCCUCUUACAUCUGAAACGGUUUCGGUACAGUGAUUGUAUGCUUAAACCUUCCGUCGGCUGGUGGACGAUGCACUCACACACCAGUAGCUUUAACCGAAUGGUAGCACUUUUAACGGUCGAGAAACACAUUAAGUGCAAUCCAGAACAGACAGACACGAAUUCAUACACACACACACACAGACGGAACGCAAAUGGUCUGGAAAGCAAUAAGCUUUGGAGUGAUUUUUUUUUUAAAGCUGCAAAGGAACUUAAUUACUAAAGAUAUUUUGAUAUAUUAUUUAAGAUAUAUUUUUUGGUAAUUUUGAACUAAACCACUUGGUACUACUUCACAAAACAGCAUCUAAAACAUUGUUUUCCUCUUUGAUCUUCUUACAAGCCUUCUUAGCGACGAUAGCGCCCUCUAUCGGAUUUUUGAGAAGCAAUGAAUGAGUGGAUGAAGUUUCUUUUCAUUUCGAGAAUCUUUUUAGUUAGGUCUCUAUUGACUUUGUUUUCGUAGUGUCUUCACAGUGCUGUGUGAAUUGUCAAGGGUCAAUAAAGUGUUGACAAUAAUUCGUUGGAAGUUAGACUGUAGAGUGUACAUUAAUUUCAACAUUUGAACUGCUGGCACGCUAGCUAUCCUUUACCACCUAAAAUGCAAGUUAAAGAAACUCAAAACUGAAGCCCAUUGGCACACACAAACACACACGCACUCAGCAAAAGUUGUUCUCUGGCAAAGUCGUUCGGGCUGUCAAGUUCGUUUGGUUUUCCCGUAAUCGGAUUCCAUGCCAGGAAGUGGCCCAAAAUUUAAAGCACGAGCAGCACCCCGUUGGCCGUAUUUUCGCACUGUCCAGCAACACUGCUUGGCACCCGAAGCCUAACCUGAAGCGGAUCGCAACGGCUGUCCAACUUUUCCUCACCAGCCGCGACCUUAUUUGUUUUCCAUUUCGGUUCAAGCGCUGCUCUUGAAAGCAUCCACCAGGAGCAUCCAACAUCUCGCCCCAUCUCGAUCAGACGAGGCACCAAAGGGAAGUGUAUGCCUAGCAAAAGGGAACUAGGUCGAGAGAAAACUGGUGACAUGACCUUUCGGCGUAGUUAGAAAAUUGGAAAUUGAAACGAAUCUGGCCCGCUUCUUGCGCCAGUGUGCCCGUGUGCCAAGCUUACUGGCAUCGGAAUGGAAAAGGAGAUAGGCAAAAACGGGUCCAAUUUGUUUGGGUCUGUCGAUUUUUUUUUUUUUUUGAGUGUGCUACACAGCUGGAACAGAUUUUGCAUGAAACAGGUGUAUAGCGGAGGGACGAAUUCAAUUUUGGUCAUUUUGUUUUAUUUUGCGUUUUGCUGUGUCUUCUUGGGUGGAUGCUAUGCAUCGCGUGUCUUAGGCCCCAUCUAGAAUCUUAAAUUUGCCAUUUUAUUUCGUGUUUUAUGUGUCUUUCAAUCUCAUAAACAUGACAUCUACCGCACUGAACCAAGGCUUUCGUGGUCAUUAAUUUUCCUAUUGAUUAAAACAAAACCUGUUGGCCUCUUGUACAUUGGAAACGAAAGUAGCGCUGCCUUGUGCGUUAGGAUAUAAAAUUUUGAAAGCUUUCUUUAUUGCCAAUAUUGAACGAAGGGUGAUCUGUUCUGUUUUUUUUUUACAAAUACUCCACAUGGCAAAUAAAUAAAAACCUACACAAUCAGCAUUUCGCCGGGCGGUUCCAGCGUCUCACCAAAACAUAUCCCUUGCCCGCUCUUGGGUGAAGCUUUUAUCAGAAAUAAAUCACAAAUAUCCUCCUGUUUCCUUGGGGCAAAAGGUCUGUGCCUACUUGCCCGGGAGGGAAAAAAGUGGACAAAAAUUGAUUAGAUCGGCUUCCGGUUGGCUUGUGCGUCCCGAGAACCAUCGCCCCCGAAAAUCGAACCAAGUGAGUGACAAAAUCGAUCGGGAUGACAUUUUUCCGGCCAUACUUUCCGGCUGUUCCCUUCUUUUACUUUUUGCUUCCGUUUUUUUAUCAUUCAUUCGCCUUGUCGUUGUAUGGACGAUCAUCUGGCCGUUCCGUUCGGUUAUUACCAGCACGCCACUACCAGGAACAGGGAUUAAAUUCAAAGAGAUAGUAGUGAGGGUUAAGCUAAAUCCCGGGAUGUAACAGUCCUAUGUUCCUGACAGGUGUUUCAUUCGUUCCAGCAGACCUGUACUACUACCUGUCAAUUGGUCAAUGAAUUGUCCGAAAUGGACCCCAUGAUCCCAACGCUGGGAGUGAGCCAGCAAAAGCUCUUCAAAAGCCCGCCUGCUCUGUCUGGUGCUCCAGGGCGAGAAGAGCUUUUGUGUAGCAUUAGCUUCCUUAACACAUCAACUUAAAAGGGAGUGAGCAAAGCACAGACGGAACCCCUUUUUUCCGACCAAUUCCAGGUUAACCGACACGGAAAAGCGAACCUUUGAGAUAGGUUUUUCUUUUAGUUGUUUGUGGUACAAAAUCCCUGUUCGAUGUACCGAACGCAGCUCGGUCUAAAACCCUUCCAGCUCCAGUCGUUGCCUGUCCGUCGUCAAAAAUCGACCAACCCGUGUGCGUGUUCAUCACACCCUGGGAUCGAUUUGUAAUGCCGUUUGUUCCGCACCGAUCCAACGGCACACACGCACACUCCCAAGAUUUUACCCCUUUUUUGUGGGGCUGUAGAUAAUAUUUCAAAUUGCUCCCCGGGGGGCCAUGAACAGUGCAGCAUAACGAUACCUUUUUGUUUUGCGGAGCCCAAAAUUAGGUUCAUAAAUUUCAACUCCCAUGCUACCCGUGUUCGGGCCAUUAUAUAUUGAAUGUGCAGAGCGGGCGGCACACAAUAUUCACACAACCAGCCGAUUCCAUUUGGAUAUCGACGGCACGGGACAGAAGAAACUAAAAAGACAGCAUCGAAACGGGCUAGAACAUCAAACGCAUUUGGAUUUGUUUUGUGGUGAAUAUCAAACGGCACUGAACUGGCGAAGUACAUGUCGCACCCCGUGACACCCGCUGCUCGGAGCCGGGGUUGCCUUCCUUUGCCAAAAUAAUGAGACUCGGUACCAAAUCGCACAUACAUUUUCCAGCGCGACCCAACAGAAAGCGGAGCUCGCUUGCUUUGAUCCUUGCUUUGGCUCCGGUAAGCUUCAAAGGAUCCGGUCGGUCUUCCAUUGGGGUUUUUUUCGAAAAGGAUGUCCUUAACAUUCGCUUUGUAAUUGAUGGUCACAUGCAUGGCCGAACUUUAAGCACAUAAUUAAACCAAACAACAGUGAUUCGAGCUCACAGCGAUGGAUGGUUUCACUUGGCGGAUUGUGUAUGUGUGUGUGUGUGUGUGUGUGUGUGACAUUUUACUUUAUUUUUUAUCACGGUUUAGAGUUUUUAUGAUUUUUUAUUCACUGCAUUCCUUAAAAAGGGCAUCACCGUAUUGCUAGAUUUAAAGAAAUUUAAUGCAAAAUAAAUUUGUAAUGCACAAGUUCGCGAUGCCGCUCACGGUCAAGCACCGACGUCUGCAAAUCCAUUGUACUGGAACCACUCUACUUGGGCCAUUCAGUUUAGGCCUUUCGAUGGUGAGAUUUCCGUACAGCUAUACGAGCUUGUCAUUUUAGCGGCUUCUUCAUACUUCUCCACAGGCUUUCAGUUUUAUUGGGGUCAUUAUUUUUCAUAUAAAUUGAUCUAAGUACGAGGAGAAGCUCUGGUAUCGCUUCUUGACUAUUUAUCUUCUACAGCGCCCUCUAUCUGUUAAUAAUGGCACUAACAGUGCUCCUUCAAAUUUACUAUACAUUUUCCUGUUUGGUUAAAUUUGCUUUAAAAGCUCAUACUAGAAAGAAAAAACUGUCAGCCAACAAUAAAAACUCCUCAAAUUCGCCCGAUUAAGUCGACUGUGGCCAACACAAAACCUUCCCCGUUCCGUGCUUCUCAAUACUAUAAUUUUCAUCACAUCUUAUCCCGACACCAUCACACCGUACAAUUUGCCUAUAAAAGCGUUUAUACCUGCCCCAUUUAAUAAAAAGGGGCAUCACAUCAAAAGGAAAGGCCUAACCGUUUGAAGGACUUCCUACCCGGAGAGCGCGACAACACGUUCAACAACGAACUGUUGCAAACCCCCGAUUCCUUUAGGCCGCACUCGGGCUCAGCUUACGCAAAACAGGACCGGCUACUACAGUUAGAAGAGCUAUGGCAAAACACACAGGAAACCCGAGCCGAAGUGCACUACAAACUCUUAGGAGCGAUAAAAAAAAACAGACAGCCUUCGCCCGUUUCGUUGAACUGUCACCAUAAAAAUGGGGCAGAAAAGAAAAGGAACAAAAUCCCUAACGAAAGGGAUGGUCCAAUGGUAGCAACAAAUAGGGAGACAAAAAAAAGCAAGCCGGACACCAAACAAAGAGUAAGCUACCGAUAAUUUCAUUGUUUGGCAGCGAGAAUAGAUCGAUCGGAGGAGUUGCAACGGCGAACAAAAACCAGCAUCAGCGAUCCUGCCCUUGCCGGCCGGCGAUAGUCGAGUGUGGAAAAAAACGCACCUCCACCGGGGCGCAAAAUGAAACCAAAACAACAACAACUUCAACACACACACACACACACACACACACACACACACACACACAAUCUAUCCCAAUCGACCGUGCUCGAGUGGAAAAUGGAGGGAUCAAAAUUUUUACCAUCACCACGAUAAGUAACAGUAAUCCGAAGGGAAAUCGUCCAUAGCGAGGCCGCUGUACGAUGUGUGUGUGUGUUUGUGUGUGGAAAAUGGGCGAAGCGCAAUAGGGGCGACACAUUUUUGUCGCAUCGAUUUAAUGUAUCCACAAUGGUCCCUUUGGAGGCGGAGAACCUACCAUGUGUGUUCUCAUGUGUUUUGGAGAAAUGGGCAAAAGGACUAGGAAAAAAAGGACACUUCCGGCAUGGAUGCAUGGGAGUUUUUUUUUUUUCUUCUUCGCCACUAUAGGAAAUUAUGCUGCCACUCACCAACGGAGCGAGGCCGAACGAAAAAAAAACCGGACCCGCUCACAAGGAUGUGGAUGGAAAGCGGUUAUGCGCCGACCAUACUUCAUAUGCCGUAAUUGAAUUUGCUCCGGUGUUCAAUGGUUCAAACGGGACAGGCACCGCACCGUGGCCCGUCUGGGGACGUUUUAUCAAAUGAUUUAAAGCUCUAUGAGUUUGUAGCCGUAAAAAAACGGAAAAGAACAAAUUUUCCCAUUCAUCACGGUUACGCUCCUACUACUACUUUGACCCAGAUUGAUGACGACAGAUGGGCCGGUUUUCGCUUCUUUUUUGCUUCCUCCCAAUUCCAACGAAAUGAGCACGGGUCCACGGGCUCAUCGGAAUGUUUUCCGAAAGGUCAGUUUAUAUUAAGUCACCGCCGGUACGAUCACCUUCCAGUGAACAUGGUAUUAAAUAUUAACAAAAAUCUUGUGACACAAUAAUUAAUCCCGGAAAGAUGUCACCGUUGUGGUAGGCUUUUGCGUGAACAGCCAAAGUUACACCCGGUAAGCUGAAUUAACUUUCCACAAAAGUAUCGGCUUUUUCCAUGGAACUUGGAACGAUUUUAGUACGGCGUGCUGACAGGAGUUACACGAUGUGUCAGCACAUUUCACAAUGUGUAUGGCAUUUCCAUUCAAAAAUGAAACAAAUCCUCCUCUAACUUCUUGCGCUUAAUCAUGUUGGCUCGCGAGUCGAAUAAAACACAAAAAAAUAUAAAUAUUUUAACUUCGCAUGAAAAGAUUAACAAAUGAAACUGUUGGAGAGAUAUUGAUUGGAAAAAUUGAUUGGUGAUUGGUAGGACUGAAAAUGCAGGAUCCAGCUACAGUACUGUAGUUCGAGACCUGCUGAGGUUGUAAUCAACUGUUAAAGUUGAUGUGAGGCAAUGUCAACUGAAUAAGCUACUGAAAAUUGCUAAAACAAAACGGUUUGUUGAAAGCAUUAGCGUGCAGUAUACAUACAGUACGGAUUGCAUACAUUCAGGCUGACUUUAAUCGAUUUUGGGAGUAUAUUGAUCCAAAUCUGAAAUUGCUUCAUACCGAUUGCAUUAACACAGCAUUUUUUGAAAACGCAUCCCCUUUUUCGGUGUUACGCAUGCGAGCCAGCGCCUGAUGGUAUGCAAUUUUUUAAAUCAGCACAUCCUUCGUGCAGCGAUCAUCAAUAAGUAGCUGCUGCAUACUUGCCGGGCGUUACACAUCCCAUAUCCCAGACAACAAGGAAAUGGUGUACUUGGAUCGAAAUCAUCCACUGGGAGCAUUCGUUUAAUAAUACCCACACAGACAAGGAAAACAUGACAGUUCGAUGUCUCUAGCUAUGGUUUAUGUACAGAAUCAUGUUGCAGAAGAAAUUCCUUCCGCACCAGAUAUCCAGACAGUGAAAACAUCCUGCUACAUUCAUUCGCUUCGCAAUGGUGACAUCGUCUACUGAACUUGUGUCCAGCGAUUGCACUCGCGGGGAAUGGUAAGCAAUAGCAAAUGGUAGCGGGGUUACGCUUUUUGGUUCACUGAAGAAAACGACACAAUUUUCAUAUUGAUAUUUCUACUGUGAAACGAUGAUGAUGGUGACGUUUGACUUCAUCAAUCAAAAUUCAGGACAUUGUACAGUGGAGACAGAAUCUCAGCGGAGGACUUGGGGAGCUGGUGCAAACAUUGUGCCACCGGCAUGUUCUUGCGAACGAUCUCGGUCGGUAUUCAAUAUCUGAGAUGAGUUUUUAGUCGAGCUGAAAAUUUAAUUAACUUGUCCAACGUUUGCUGCACUGUUCAUGAGCUACAUAUGAGUAAGUGAUUCGUGCUACAGAACGUGCUAAGACCCCAACAAAAAAAAACUCUCUUAUCAACACCAAAAACAACACCGACUAACAAUAAGUAACAAGAUUAACAUGCCGGUGGAACAAUCCUCUUUUCACUUUGAACUGUUCUCUAGCAAAACUUUCACCCAUCCUGCUAUAAACCGUGGCCAAUCGAGACAGCCACAAACGAAGCGAAAAAAAGCCGGAAAAACGGAUAGUGAAAGCAAAUAGUUGUGGGAAAGUGUGCACAGUAAAUGCUUCCACCGGCUAUAAUGCCUGUGAUCAAACUUCAUUUUUUUCGUCCUCUAUUUAUGCCAUUUAUGAGCAGAACAAUAUUUUCCCCUUAUUUAACACCUUUUCUUCCGGGAGUUUCCCCCCAACCCCUCAAGCUGGAGUAACAUUUGAUGGCACCGGAAACUGGAACGAAAAACGAACGAACGAACGAACGGUCUGAUUGACGGAGAAGAAACAUAAAUACGAGGCACGGUCUCCAGCACGGUUGCAAAAGUGUAAAUACGUUUCUUUCGCUUAAGCUUUUCUGCAUCACGACCCCUCAUCAUCGGGGCUGGUACUGGUAGCUAUUUAUUGCCAUUUUUUUGUUCCUUGUUUGAGCGCGUGUUACGUUCCAAGAAGUGAUACCAUUGCAAUAUGAAAGCGAUAUUAUAGCAAUUUACAUCAAAUCGAAAUUUAAUGAGAUUUGAGGAUUUAAAGCAAAAAAACUGUUUCUGGUCGAGGUCGUGAUCGUGAUUUUUACUAGUCCAGGAAAGAAAGACUUGCUACUAAACUUUUUCGCACUCCGCAACAACACGGCAUUGGAUUGGAUGGGUUGGAAAGUACAAGAUUAACCCCUAAAAUCCCCGACAGUCUGGCUGAGCUAUUGGAGAUGCGAGCUGGUAUCGGUCGACACCAGCUUUCAGCUUCAUCAAUCCUAUCCGCUAAUGGUUUAGGCAUUUAGGCCAAUUAGACAACGGCAAACACUCGGCUCGGGAAAAGCCCUCCCCAAGACUUGAUUAUUUCGCUCGAAACCAUUAGACGAGUUUGUUGAAGGCAGGUUGAGGGACGUUCCUGGAACUAGUCUGGAACUGGGCAAGAGUUUUUUUUCCCAGCGGAUACGGAUUAACCAAUGCGAUGGGUUUGAUCCUUGAUGUUUCCCCAAAAUUGUCUGCUACCCAAUGCAAUUGGUUGGUCCCCUUGAUUUUCUCUCUCGUUUGGUCCUAUGAUAAGUUAAUUUUUCAAACAUCAAACACAACUUUUUGGCACGUGCUUGCCUUCAAAAAAUUCGUCACAACUUUCACCGAUUCGUGUGUGUGUGUUUUUUUUUCGAAUGAUGUUGUAAGAGAUAUCAAGGGAAGAGCGAUAUCCAUCGACGCAAGCACACGGAGAGCAUGUUUUGGUUUAUUUGGUUUAAGUCUAGUCCUCGUUGAAGCUCAUUAAAAUCGUGCUUUAUGUUCUCAUCUAACCAGUUCAGCGUAACACGACUUCGUGCUACCCUUAUAUUUACAAAAUCCUGAGGGCAUUUAAAGUUUUCUUAAUCCAUUUUUCAUUUGAAGAAAAAUACUUUAAAAAGCGCUUUAACAAAAUCGGAAAAAGUCACUCCAUAGCUUCAUUUGCCUUGUACAGAACUUAACUUCCAGACCGCAACAUAAUAAAGCAACACUGUGAAGAGUACGGUACAGUACAGCAGAAAACCUUCAAAACAAAAGAGUAUUAAUAGCAAUUUGAAAACCAUUUUCCUCAACUUUGCAAAAAUUACACAUGCAAACCAUACCACACCAUGAGAAGGAUUUGAACGGAACAGUAGACAAACCGAUCGACCAGGCUCUAGGCAGCGCACCAAACAACACUCGUCCACAUCGCUUUGAAUUUUUUAACGAAGCGGCCGGCAAAAAAACGAAUCAUUCAGCCCACAUGCACACGUCCGCAUUUGGAAGCUUUUUUUGCAGUUACUUUCAACUCAAACAAACACACAACUGUGGCUAGCAUAAAUUGGUACACGAAAAAAAAACCAAACCCCUUUAAAUCUAGCAUAAGCAACAUUUUUAAGCAGAUUUUUAUCAUGAAAAGCAGCAGCCAGGAUUAAGCUAAUAAAUCUCACAGCAACAAUGCAAAACACUAUAUAUCAAACCAAACCAGGGAAGCCAAACACACACACCCGCACCGAAUGCAAACAAGCUAUCUGCUUUACGGGUGUGUUUAAGAAUUGUACGCACCCUGCUAGCGCCCUUGUCUCGCUCCUACCCAUCGUAAGGGGGUCGAAAGCACUCGCUGGGGAGGCAUCGGGAUGUCGUGGGCAAACAUAAAAACAAACACACGCAUGCAAAACGCGCUUGCCCGGAAGCUACCGUACGCAACAUUUUGUCCCCCUAACGUCCACGAAUGUCCAAAGAGCACGCCAAAAUGGGCCAACGAAGCAAGUGAGUGUCGCUUGUCGGUUGACGAUAGCAAUGUUAGGUGUAAAAGGUUGGGUGCCUGUCAUCAGGCAACAUCCAGGCAAACGGCCAAUACCAGGUGAUGAUAGGUUAGGAAACAUAAAUUGCAAUGAAUAAGGAACAAAGGAUUAUCGGCUGUUGUAUCAGGUAGCCCCUGUAGAGCUCCACAGGCAUCGAACGGACGAAUCCUGGAAGACAGGCUAGCUAGAACGGAACGCGAGAACGGAAAGUGAGUAAUGGGUUAGUAAGAAAACAAAAAUGCAAAUAAAACGACUAAGAGAUCGAUAUAGGAAAAAAUAAUUCCACAGUGCCUUGUUUGCUGCAUAAGAUAGCUCGCUGCUUACCAAAUGUCGUCAGGUCCUGCAAACGCCCAAAUGCUAUACAAUCGUUCGUGCACUCUCCCGAUGGAUGCGUCCUGCCGUUUGUAAUGCGCAGCGUGUGCGGCGGCAUCAUUUCCUGCAGCAUUUUUUUUAAGUACAUGCUGAGCUAUCCUAGUCGAGACUGAGGGUCCCGGUGACUUGCGGCCUCGACCAAUCGCGCUUUCCGAAAAACCCCCAAACCAAACAGCUUUACGCGUUUUAUGGCAGAGCGAGUGCAGCGAGUAGUAGGCCAUGCUGCUACUGUGCUUUGCUGUUCUUAGUGUGAGCGGAAAGAGAGGGAGAGAGAGAGUGAUGAGUAAGGAAAUAAAUACACACACACACACAGAUACAGAUUAUGCAUAUCUCGAGACAAGAUAAAUUGUGUUUUCCUUUUUCUAAAAAAGAUUAGAACUAUCAACUCUGUUAAUAUGGCGCUAAUCGUGGCGCUUGGUCCUAGCCGAUACAAGCAAAUCCUUCCAUACAACUCUAGCUCUAGAUAAAACAAAAAAAACAUUACAAUUGAUCCUAGGCAGCCUAGGUUUUAGGUAGUAUUGGGUGGGCGCAGUAGGUGGCGCGGCACCGGCAGACACGACUAAAAUUAUAAAACCAUAGCAACCUAGGCCCAAAAUGCAGCCACGCUGUCAACCACACGUGGCUGAAUGUUGUUUUCUCUCUCGCUCUCUUCAACAAGGGCCGUUUCCGUUCUGUCGGACUGCUACUACCAACUAAACUACCCAGGUGACUCGAAGCGCAAACACACGUUUUCCUACUUGGACUUUUAUAGAUUAAGGCAGUUGGUAGGAAUUGCGGUGCAGUCAAACUGCACUGCCGCGCCUAGCUAGAUUAACCUUCUAUUGGCUGUACUAAAAACAAAAUACUAAAGGACACACCCGUUAGGGACAUCCAAACACUCGCAUUGUAAAAUAGUGUUACUUUCUUCUUACGACGAUCGUUACAGCUCUUCAGAUGUUUUACCGUUUUUCAAGAUUGUUCUUUAUUUUCAUGUUAUCUACUAGCAUGAUUCGCAACAACGCCAAUUAGAAGCAACAAAGCAAACACAAACUUAACCCCCAAAUGGUUUUGUAGCUACUGCUGGUAGCAGGAUAGUACUAAUAGCGUAAAGUAUGAUUCAAGCUCAAGCUAACACGCGAACCGAACGAUACAAAAACGAUUUACGCAUUCGACGUGGAGUUUGAGCAAGUUCAAGUAGGGUUUUAUCUAACGUAACUUACAAACAGCAAUGCUAAACUAACGUAAAACAGCCGACUAGCGAAGCGGUGGUCGGUCCUGAUGGUGGAACAAAAUAUUUCAAACCUUACAAACAAGCAAAGAAGAAGGCGAAAGAGAGGAGAAAAAAGAAACCAACCAACAAACCAAAUACGCGCAUGCACACUAAUUGAAGCUUUAUUCCUUUUUUAAUGAAAAUGGCAGGGGGUGGGAGGAAAACGGAUGAAUUUUCAUCGACCAAAAAAAACACACAAGAAACACUAACACUCUAGAAAGGAUAAAAAGUUUAAGAAAAUAAAAGAGUAAACAAUACCAACAAAACAAUUGAUUCUUAGAAGCAACGCAUUCAAACUGAAACUAAUCGAGUAACAGCAACAGAAACGGUGAACAAACUAAUCAAACUAAGCUACAAUGAAGGAGAGAACGAUAAAGGAGGGGGGAGGGGGGAGUAAUAAUUCAACAAAAGUAAAUAAUUUAAAUGGUUUUGACAUCCGACAGGAAAUUAAUCUUAAUGAAACUAAACUCAAACUUAAACUAAUAAUAACAACAACAAACUCACACCACAGCAACACAAAAGAAACAAAUGAAAGUAAUGUGUGGAAAGACCUAUCUCCAUUUUGCCCUGA